AUGGCCGGAGUUUUUAAAACGGUGACGUUUAUGGUGUUGGUUUUCGCUGCGGUUGUAUUCGCGGAGGACUACGAUGUCGGUGAUGAUACCGAAUGGACGAGACCUGCCGAUCCCGAGUUCUAUAAUACUUGGGCUGCCAGUAAAACAUUCCGUGUAGGCGACGAGCUCGAAUUUGAAUUCCCUGCCGGAAGACAUGAUGUGGCAAUUGUAACAAAAGAUGCAUAUGAAAACUGCGACAAGGAGAAACCAAUCAGCCACAUGACAAUGUCUCCAGUCAAAAUUAUGCUGAACACCACUGGACCAAGAUACUACAUUUGUACAGUUGGUGACCAUUGCCGCUUUGGUCAAAAACUAGCCAUUGACGUAGUCGCUGCUACUGGUGGUGCUACCACCCCAACAACACCGGGAACAACCCCAGGUACUGGUGGAACCACUCCCACCACCCCAGGAACCACUCCCACCACCCCAGGAGCCGGGACCACUACACCUACCGGCUCUAGCGGGACCACUACACCUCCAGCUGGAAGUGCCGCUUCUUCAUUAGGUGGUGUUACGUUUUUGGUGGCCUUCGUUUCUGCUGCUGUUGCUCUCUUCUGA